AUGAUGCUCCCCUUCUUCUGGCUAAUUCUCCUGGUUCUCCCAUGGGUAGACACCAGUGUCAACAGUACCAGCGUGGGGGACAACAGUACCAGUAUGAACUCUCGGGAGCUCUUAGUCUACAAACAAUAUGUGGGUAACUGCACAUUUGUGAUCGUUCAGCCUCCACCAACGGUUAUAAUAAGACGGCUUCCAAGCACCAACAGCUUCUACUAUUCCCUCUGCUGCUCAGGUAUUUAUUGCAAUGAGGGAGGACCUACUAAUGUAGAGAGGGACUUGUUACCUCCUGUUGUGUUUGAAGAACAAGUUAUUGCCAGAGCUGUGUAUCUGGUAGAGUCCAAUCUUCUCCUGAGCCUUGCCUUAAUCUUCUCCUGCAGCAUACUGAGCCAAGAAACCCUCCAUGGUGUGUAA